GAUGAUUCUAUGGCAGUUGGCAGCCCUAAGGACAAGCUGGCCCUGAUAUGGGCAUAGUGAAGGAAGUACCCAGGCCAUGAAAACACUCUUCUCCUCCUGGAACAUAAUUGUGUUCAUAGUAGGAAUCAUCAUAAAUGAAUGGGUUGAAUUGACUUCAGAAAGAAAAAAUACCAAGAUAAGCCACAGUCCAUGGAUGGCGUGUUGCACUAAGGUUUGGCCAGAAGAUGCCCUGGAAAUCAUCAGGAUUAUGAUGAUUUUGGUCCUCAACCUCUCCUUCAUCCUUAACUUGACUUUUGGUUUGGAAUCCACCUAUAUAAUUCCACAAAAUAGAUAUAUCAACAUCAUCACUGUCUGCCUCAGUUUCCUCUCAGGUACCCUUCUGUUUUGCGUACUCCUACUGUACUACGUGAAGCUGUGGCAAGGUCAAUCCUUGUACCGCUUUAGUUUCAGAAUCAGCUGGAUCAAUUUCACUGGCUACAUAAAUGUUUUCUUUCUUUUUGUUUGUGGAAUCCUCUCUGUCCUACAGCACAGGCAGUACUAUAGCUGUUCCUGCCUGAAAACUCAUAAAUCUGGCAUAAAAAGUAAGGAAUCUGAUAUUUCCAUCAAAGUUAUUGCACUACCAGAACACACUGCAAUACCUCGUAGCAUUGUCCGUUCACACUCCUUGGAUGAUUCAGAGGAAGAUGUUCCCAACAAAUCACAAAUCCAAACCCGUCGUGUAACCUGGGCUCUGUGAUUUGACCACCUGUAUCUUCCAACUUACGCUCAUCUUUCCAAGAAAGUUUUUUUUGUGUGUGUGUCUCUGUGUGUUUUUGUGUGGAUGUUGUAUGUAUCUCCAACCUUUUGUCUGUGUUUGGCAUUAUGUAAAUGUCUGUGAAGGGGUUGGGGUCAAUAAAAAGAUCCAGAAGAUGGCUUUUUUUUAAAA